AUGGCCAGCUUUGGGGUCGGGGAGCGGUUCCAGGGGAGCGUGUCAUCCACGCCAGGCCCUGGCGCGUACACCCCGAGGACCAAGGACGGGCGUUCGCUUGCGCUCCCUGAGCUCAAAAAGAGCGGGUUGCCGAGCGCCAGGCGCUCCAGUGGAGGGUGCCAGACUGUUGCCGCAAAAGGGACAGCUGGACCAUUCAGCGCCAGGCACAAGCGUGCAUGUUCUCACGAUUCUUCGUUUUUGGGGCUGACCCCCAGGACAACUCCCAGGGGUGCAAGCCAUGAAACUUCAAAUCCCCCACACGACAAGAAUACAAUAGCUGAAAAGAAGCCCCACUCUGGAGUACGGCAGCUCAACAAGACUCGCCAAGAAAGGAAGGCAGUGCAAGACGAGCCAAAGAGUCAAGGAAGCAAGAUACCUCCGAGACACAUUGCAGCCGUGGGUACCCAACUGGGAUGGAGGGCAAGCGGGCUGCAGAGCUCAGUCGACUCUCUAUGCUGCCGCGUCGCAGAUGCCGAAGCACGGCGUGUGGCGUUGAACAGCGACUCGCUGCAGUCUUCAAACUUGCCAGGGCCGCAGGUGAGGCUGCCACAGAUCAAGGAGCACACUGGCAGUUCCCAGGCGCUGGAAGAGGCCGCCCGGUUGGAGAGAAAGAGGGUUGAGGAGCUGGAGAAGGAAAUGCUGAGACAGAAAGCAGCAUUGGAGGCUGCCAACGAUGAAAUCGUACAGCUAAAGGCCACUUUGAGUUCAAGGGAUGAUGUUAUAGGACAACUUAAGGACUGGUUGUCCCGCGCACAAAAAAUCCAAGAAGAUUGUGAAGGGCAGCUGGUUGAAGCUGAGGGAAGUGUGCUGAUUGCUCCAACGGAGAAUAAUUGCAGAUCGGAAGAUUCCAGCCCAGCUGCCUAUGCAUCAGAAGCAUCCACUAGGAUAGAGGUAGCAGAGGAGGACAUGAUGUUGGUGGAACCGAGUGAUCGAGAGGGUAGCCAGGAACUGGAUCAGAAAACUGCUGAUGCCGACGUCAAGGCAGUACGGAUCAGGAAUAUUGUCAAGACCUCAUUUGCCAUCGUGUCUUCUUUGGCGGAACGGAUGGGUUCAACUGAGGUACUGGCUGUCGAGUCUCUUCUUGCAGAUGCUGUUGCUCUAUCUGAUAGUCUGGAUCAAUCCUGCACCAGACAGUGCACUGAGUCGCUCUCUGGACCCCUUGGGCCAGCAGAUGUGGAUUCACUGUCUACAGGGGUUCUGGCCUGUAAGGGAGCGACAGGACAGACGAGGGCUGUCCAGCAAAAAGAUUGUGUAGACGCUGCACCUGAUGCUGCCAAUGAGGAUGACCUGUACCGCAUCCAGCAAGAACAGGAAAUGGAAGUGCUCCUGAAUGAGUGCGCUGUGCUGCAAAAGGAUAAAUUUCAACUAGAGCAAUGUAUCAGGUACCUUGCUGCACGCUGUCAACUUUACCAAGGGUACUGCGCUGGAGAGGAUGUCACUGGUCGAAGGAGUGCUCAUGAGAUGCGGCCUGGCUCUGCAUUGAGCACCAGCUCCUGUUCUGCAUCGGCUGGUGGCAAAUCCCGUAAGAAAGGAGGGAAAGGGACGGCAAGCAAGAGGCGAAGUGCAGGGUACAAGAAGAAGCGGAGCAUACCAGAGCUUGUGAUGCGUGACCUGGAGAUGGAGAGGCUGAAAGACGCAGGCAUUCAGCUUGAGGGUAUGGAAGAAAUGAAAGAAACCAACCCAUUUGAUGACCUCUCCUGGCAGCAAAGCGAGGAGGGUGACUUGUACAGUUUCAGCCACCCACCUGGCAAGAAUGAAAGGCAGAUUCUGGCAAAGGUGGCGACAGUCUGCACUCCAGCCCAGGGCAAUGAGCGUGAGGAGUCAGGCUGUGGCCAGUCAUUCAGAGAUGUGUAG